AGAGACACACCAUUACAUGGAAGAAAAGAGAGGAAAUUUUGGAUCUAAGAUAUGGCUAAGAAGUCUCCAAGUGAGCUGCUAUAUAUCCACGCAAACCAGUGGUCGACCUGUUUGACCGGGGGAGAAGUUCAGCUUUGUGCUUGUCAUGGCGUCUUCCACCCCCAGCUCUCGUCUCUGUGCAGCCAUGGAAAAGACCAGCCAAUGGGUAUUGUCCCAAGAUAUCCCAAGCGACAUUAUCGUCCAGGUCGGCGACGACACUUUUCGGCUCCAUAAGUUCAUGCUCGUGGCGAACAGUGGUUACAUCAGAAGGAAGGUGAUGGAGUCAGAGAGGGCGAACCUUGGCUGCAUAGAUCUCUCCGAUAUGCCUGGCGGCGCGGAGGUGUUCGAGAAGGCGGCCAAGUUCUGCUAUGGCAUGAAUUUCGAGAUCUCGGUGCAUAACGUGGCGGCGCUGCGAUGCGCGGCGGAGUACUUGCAGAUGACGGAAGACUACAGCCGUGGCAAUUUAGCAGAGAGGGCAGAGGAGUUCAUCAACCAAGCGGCGGUCAAGACGCUUCCAGGGGCGGUGGCGCUGCUCCGGUCGUGCGAGGGCUCCCUCCUCCCCAUGGCCGAGGAGGUCCGGAUCGUGCAGCGCUCUGUUGAUGCUAUCAGUUUGAAGGCAUUUAACGAGGCUAACAUCCCGACGCGCUCCCCGCCAGAUUGGUGGGCCGGUGAGCUCUCCGCUCUCGCCCCCGCUUCCCUCCAGAAGAUCCUCUCCGCCAUGAAAUCCCGCGGCGUCGCCCCAAAAUCCCUCGCUGCCGCCGUCGUGGUAUACGCCGAGAAGUCCCUCGCCGAACUCCUUCCCCUUUCCUCCGGCGCCCCGGCCUCCAACCACAGCGGCGACGCCCGCAUCCGGCAGUGCGGUCUCCUCGAGUCCCUCGUUCACGUCCUCCCACCUCACCCCGACGCCCCCCUCCCCGUCGGUUUUAUCUGUUGCCUCCUCCGGGCCGCCCUCUUCCUCGAAGCCUCCGCGGCCUGCCGGCAGGAACUCGAGCAGCGGGCCUCCGCCUCUCUCGAGCAGGCGACAGUCGCCGACCUCCUCACUGUUUCUCUGGACUAUUCCGGCGAGCGAAUCGUGGAUCUGGACAGCGCACGGCGGAUCGUGGCAAGCUUUGCGGAAAGGGAGGCUGGUGGCGGGGGUGCGGCGCUCUACGGAGGCGGUGGCGGCGUCGCUUGCUGCUCGGCGGCAGUUCAGAAAGUUGCGCGCACGGUGGACGGCUUCGUAGGGGAGAUCGCGACGGACGAGGAGCUUUCGGUAUCCAAGUUCGCGGGUAUUGCGGGAGCUCUCCCCAAGUCGGCGCGCCGCUUCGACGACGAUCUCUAUCGCGCUGUCGACAUUUAUCUCAAGGCGCAUCCUGGGCUGGCUGAGAUCGAGAGGGAGAAGGUAUGCAGUGUGAUGGACCCGCUGAAGCUGUCCUACGAGGCCCGGCUCCAUGCGUCGCAGAACAAGCGGCUUCCCCUGCAGAUUGUCCUCCAUGCGCUGUAUUAUGAUCAACUGAAGCUAAGGAGCGGGAUAGACGGGGAGGCAGCGGCUGGAGCACUGGGCGUGACGUUGGGACGAGACGAAGGGCUGAAAGCCGACGUCUCGCUGAUCAGGGAGAACGAGACCCUGCGAUCGGAGCUGGCGAAGAUGAAGAUGUACGUGUCGGAGCUACAACGAGGAGGAGGAGAGGGAAGCGGCGUCAAGAUCGGGAGCAAGAAGACCUCGUUCUUCUCCUCAGUUUCUCGGACGCUUGGGAAGCUUAAUCCUUUCAAGCAAGGAUCCAAGGAUACUUCCAACAUAGACGAUGGGGUCGGAGUGGAUGUGACCAAACCCAGGAGGAGGAGGUUCUCGAUAUCUUAACAAGUGGAGAUAUCCACCGUUGUGGUAUAUAUCUUGUGUUGAUAAGGUUAAUUAGUGCUUUACUAGUGCUGGUGUCAUUCUGGACAAUACUAUUGCUGUGGUGUAUAUGUCUGCUCGAGAUCUUUCGGUUUGUGCCUGUAUUAUAGUGUUUCCAGUGUGUCAAUGAGAAGCUCUACCUUUCACAUA